AUGGCAUUGAAAGGACAGACUCUCGCUUUUAUCGGAUGCGGAAACAUGGGCUCCGCCAUCCUGGACGGAUUGCUAGACGCAACCCGUUCGACCUCGUCUGAAGAAGCCAGAAUCUCGCGAUUCAUCGUGAGCACAAAAACCGCAUCGUCGGCAACCCAGCUCCAGUCUCGCUUUGCAGCAGACGAAGCCCGAGUCAGCUUCCACUCUGACUACAAUGUCGAAGCGAUGAAAGAGGCCGACAUUAUCAUACUCGGAUGUAAACCGUACUUUGCAGAGGCGGUCCUCGGCCAAGAGGGAGUGAAAGAGGCACUUGCUGGAAAGUUCGUGAUUAGUGUUGUGGCGGGUAAAACGCCCCAAGUGCUCGAGGAGUACAUCUACAAGGGAUCGGCGCCGACUCCCAAGCCGUACGUUGUGCGUGCCAUUCCCAACGUUGCUGCGCGUGUUCAUGAAUCGAUGACGAUCGUCGAAGACAACCCCACACUCCCGGCCGACCUGGCAGAUAUCCUGGGCUGGAUAUUCGAGCAGAUCGGCAAGGUCAAAGUGCUGGCGCCGGAGUUGUUCAAUGUGGGCUCGAUGCUGGUCGGGUCGGGAAUGGCGGUGUUAUCAGUGGCUCUUGAUGGGAUUCUGGAUGGAUGUGUGUAUGAGGGGAUUCGGAGACCAGAUGCGUUGGAGAUGGCUGCACAGGGAUUGCUAGGGAUGGCCGAGUUGCUGCGACAGGGAGAGCAUCCGGCGACGUUUAGAGAGAGCAUUUCGUCGCCGCGAGGAUGUACGAUUGGGGCGUUGGUGACGGUGGAAAAGGCGGGCGUGAGGGGGUCUUUUGCGCAGUCGGUCAUUGAUGGGACGAAGAGGUUGCAAUGA